AUGAUCGAUUGGAUCUGGCGUCCGAAAGGCGAUCGUCGAUCGCCGUGGGUAUUGAUUGACGGCAAAAUCCUCCAUGAUAAUGUCAAUCCCGGAAAGAAUGGCGCUCGAGAAUGUCUCUGCAAAACAAAUGGAGGACGCGGUCGCUGUCUCGGAAGUUAUCAACGAAAUCAGAAGUCGCUCGAGAUGAUUCGCGAAUUUAUGCACAUACUUCAAAAACAACAUGACCAAAUCGGAGGAAAUCCCGCUGAAACGAUGGAGAAGCUGAAGGAGGAGUGCAUCAAGUUCAACGAGUACAACAAAGGCGCCACGCAGUUGGAUCUAUUGACCGAUUCGAUCUGGCGUCCAAAAGGCCAGCGGUACUCACCGUGGACGAUGAACGAUGAGAAAUUAUUUGACAUUCGUCCAGUAUACCCGAUGGAUGCCUCCCUCCGUGAUGCCUACAAAUUCACGAAGACUUUCGAAGAGACGGGCCGAAGCGCCGUUCGCCGUGGGGCUGCUACGGAAAUGCGACAUUUCGGGAUGCCACUUUUCCGU